AAGGACUUGGGAGGUGAGGUCUUUAAAUGCAGCCACAUGGGGGCUCCGAGGAGGACACCAAAGGCAAGCUAACAACAACAGCAACGCAGCAGCCUUCACGUGUUCCUCUUCUCUUUCUCUUCCUCUUAUCGCUUUCCAAAGUUAUCAUCAGUUAUCCCUUCUUCUUUCCACAAGCUAGAGGAUAAUUAGUAAGUUGAUAGCUGAGAUGGAUGGUGGCAAGAAGCCCACUGGUUCUUCUUCCAUUGCUGAUGAGCUUUUUGGACGCAAGGACGGCGGCAGGUCCUCCCAGUCUGGCCUCUUUGGCUCUAUUUUUCCAACCCCAUCUUCGAUGAUCGACGCAUGGCAGGGUGCGGGUGGUAGGGAUGCAUUGCAGUCAGACUUGUUUGGCUCAGCAUCAUCAAGAAAGCAUGGUGCUACUGAUCAGGGCCAGCCUUGGAGUGCUCACAGUCACAGCACCACCAUCCCUACUGGCUCCUAUGGGAAUUCUCAUGGCAGCCCAAGCAAAAGCCAGAGCACGCCCCACAAAGAUAGUAGCUAUUCUGGUGAAGCACUGAACACUUGUAAUCUCAGCUCAUCUUUGUAUUAUGGAGGCCAAGACAUCUGCUCCAACACUUCAUCUACGCAUGGCUAUGGCUCUCAGUACACUUAUGAGCAGAAAAAGAAUGAAGAAGACGAUCAAGACAGUUCAAACAUGGCUUCAAGGGGGAACUGGUGGCAAGGUUCACUAUACUAUUAAAGGUUCCUUGGAGAAGUCAAGAAAGCUCUCCUUAAGGUGGCUUGGAGAGCCGUUGAAAUAGCAGCUGCCACAGAUAUAAUAUAAUAAUAAUAAUUAUUAUUAUUCCGCUGGUAUUGGAGCCUCAUAUUUUAGUGGAAGCAUCUCCUUGUUCGCCUCUUUUUGGUGGAGGAAUGUCUAUACUAGUUACAGUAAAAAAGCUACUUACCACUGCUGGCUCUACAGCACAUUAGAAUCUUGGGAAGUUGUAAACUUUAUUCUCUCACUUACCAACUUGUAUUCUGGCAGUCAAUCUCUAUAUAAUAUAUAUAUAUAUAUAUAUGUAUCUGUACCCAUGACCUCUGGCCCAAUUGUGAAUCGUUGGAAGCCUGGAAGGGUUGAUUUCCUAUGUAAUGUAUAUUUGACAUUCUAGUGUGCUUUAUAUGUUUAUCUCUA